AUGAGGAGGAGGGGGCAGAAGGAGGAGGGGGCAGAAGGAGGAGGAGGGGCAGAAGGAGGAGGGGCAGGAGGAGCAGAAGGAGGAGGAGGAGGGGCAGGAGGAGGAAGAGUGGCAGGAGGAGCAGGGCAGAAGGAGGAGGAGGAACAGAAGGAGGAGGGGCAGGAGGGGCAGAAGGAGGAGGAGGAGCAGAAGGAGGAGGGGCAGAAGGAGGAGGAGGAGCAGAAGGAGGAGGGGCAGGAGGAGCAGAAGGAGGAGGAGCAGGAGGAGCAGAAGAGGAGGGGGCAGAAGGAGGAGGAGGGGCAGAAGGAGGAGGGGCAGGAGGGGCAGAAGGAGGAGGAGGGGCAGAAGGAGGAGGGGCAGGAGGAGGAGGGGCAGGAGGAGCAGAAGGAGGAGGAGGAGCAGCAGAAGGAGGAGGAGCAGAAGGAGGAAGAGUGGCAGGAGGAGCAGAAGGAGGAGGAGGGGCAGAAGGAGGAGGAGGGGCAGAAGGAGGAGGAGGGGCAGAAGGAGGAGGGGAGGAGCAAGGAGGAGGAGGAGCAGCAGAAGGAGGAGGAGCAGAAGGAGGAAGAGUGGCAGGAGGAGCAGAAGGAGGAGGAGGGGCAGAAGGAGGAGGGGCAGAAGGAGGAGGGGCAGGAGAAGGAGGGGCAGAAGGAGGAGGGGCAGGAGGAGGAGGGGCAGGAGGAGCAGAAGGAGGAGGAGCAGCAGCAGAAGGAGGAGGAGCAGAAGGAGGAAGAGUGGCAGGAGCAGCAGAAGGAGGAGGAGGGGCAGAAGGAGGAGGGGCAGAAGGAGGAGGGGCAGGAGGAGGAGCAGAAGGAGGAGGAGGGGCAGAAGGAGGAGGGGCAGAAGGAGGAGGGGCAGGAGGAGCAGAAGGAGGAGGAGGAGCAGCAGAAGGAGGAGGAGCAGAAGGAGGAAGAGUGGCAGGAGGAGCAGAAGGAGGAGGAGGGGCAGAAGGAGGAGGGGCAGAAGGAGGAGGGGCAGGAGGAGCGGAAGGAGGAGGAGGGGCAGGAGGAGCAGAAGGAGGAGGGGGAGCAGAAGGAGGAGGGGCAGGAGGAGGGGGCAGAAGGAGGAAGGGCAGGAGGAGGGGCAGAAGGGGGAAGGGCAGGAGGGGGAGGGACAGGAGGAGGUGCGGGGGGAGGAGGAGAGCAUACACCCAUUUACAAUACAUUAGUACUAUGUAAGCAGUUACCUCCUUGCCAUUGUUUAGGACUAUUUGAUUAUUGUUAA